UAGGAAUUGCCUGUGCCGUCACGCUUGGAGCUCUAGCAAUCUUCACAUCUCUAAACCGUCCCUGAUCCAACGAGUCGAGCCAAGUACAAGAACUGAGCUCGGCGAGAUGAUGUCGCCGAAGCCGUCCGCCUCCUCUACUGCGGAAGGUGGAGGAAUUGCUUCAACCUCUCGCUCCGUGCCAACGGCGAGGUCAACACCAUUGCAAGUAAUUCAUAUUUUGGGAAACUUCGUUAGAAUUUGGUCUGUGUACUUGCUAUAUAGCUACCUAUCCAGUAGUGGGGAUUCAAUAGUUGGCUUUAUCUUCAGUUGCCUUGUACUAGCUUCAGUCAUCUUUUUAGUUGUACAGAAGCCUUGGAAAGGUCGGCCUCUGCCCAACUCACAGGUAGUUCCUACAGUUAUCAAUGGCGGAAUUCUGGCAUUAUACUUUGUGCUGUGGGGUAAAGGACUUCUUGCUGGUGGACCACUAGUUGCACUGCUGGCGGAGUAUGCAGGUGCUGUUCUUGGAGUUCUCUCUGCUGCUUUAUAUGGAAGGAAGGUUAAUAUAUGGAAAAAGAUUGGAGGGCUUGCUGGUAUGCUGCUAGCAUACUAUCUGUUAUCAAAUGGUUGGGCUACAAGAACAAAUUCACCACUAUAUAGCUUUGGAAGUGAAUCGCCGGAGAAAGCUACACAAAUUACUGGAAUGAAAGAAAUGGUUGUGCCAAUUACUGCUGGAAUUUUGUCUGCUUUGAGGAGAGUAUUAGCUCGGCGAGUCUCUCUCAAGAAUCAGCUUAAAAGAAGGCUUCAUGCAAUAACGGUUGCUUCUGCUACAUGUUUUCUUUUUCCAUUUGCAAUGUGGGAUACAAUUCUAGGUUCAGCAUCUGACAGCAUAGUCAAACUACAACUUCCAAGCUGGGCAUACUUGAGUACUGUAUUGUUUGGAAUGGUGCUUAUAUUCUAUGUUGACAAUGUUGCCGAGGAAAACUUGCAUCUGGUCUUCUCUUCUCCAAGGCACUUGAUGGUUUCAGCAGGUUGCAUAAUUGUUCUUGAGAUAUUGUACAAAAUGGAUUUCUCCCUUUUGGGCUUUCUGCUUUGUUCUGCGAUUUUAGGAUUUGGUAUUUUGGAAGCAACAUCCCUGGAGAGGUCAAAAAAAAGACCAUUAGAGACACAUGAGCUGUCGAAUGGAUCAUUUCACAAUCAGUUGCCGAUUUCAGCACUUCCAAGGUAGAAUGAGGCUGCGGCAUGUACUAAUAUUAAGGCGAGAGGUUUGAACAUAAAACAGUAGAUACUUGUGAAUUUUGAAUUACCAUUAGCCUUGUCA